AUGGGAGGAGCAGUGGUGGACGAUGGGCCUCCGGGUGUGAAGGCCCCAGACGGCGGCUGGGGCUGGGCAGUGUUGGCCGGCUGCUUCGUCAUUACUGGCUUCUCCUACGCUUUCCCUAAGGCUGUCAGCGUCUUCUUCAAGGAACUAAUCCGAGAGUUUGAUGUCGGCUACAGUGACACUGCUUGGAUCUCAUCAAUACUGCUUGCCAUGCUAUACGGCACAGGACCUCUGUGCAGUGUGUUGGUGAACAGGUUUGGCUGCCGACCAGUGAUGAUGGUUGGAGGGCUCUUCGCCUCACUGGGAAUGGUUUUGGCCUCCUUUGCUACUAGCAUCAUACACAUCUACCUCUGCAUUGGAGUUAUUACAGGUCUGGGUCUGGCGUUGAACUUCCAGCCGUCUCUGAUAAUGCUGAAUCGCUACUUUAGUGAGAAACGUCCUUUAGCCAAUGGCUUAGCAGCAGCGGGCAGCCCUGUGGCACUGUGCUGUCUCUCCCCACUGGGACAGAUUCUCCAGUACCAGUAUGGCUGGAGGGGGGGGUUCCUCAUACUAGGAGGCAUUCUGCUCAACUGUUGUGCCUGUGGUGCCCUCAUGAGGCCCCUGUUUCCCCCUAAGAAGCCACAGUAUCUGGAGGAAAGCCCUCCCACAGCUGCAGUAGGGAAAAAAAAGAAACUGUUGGAUUUCAGCGUGUUCAAGGACAGAGGUUUUGUCAUCUAUACCCUUGCAGCGUCCAUUAUGGUGCUGGGCUUGUUUGUGCCCCCUGUGUUUGUGGUCAGCUAUGCUAAAACCCUCGGCUAUGAAGACACAAAGUCUUCACUGCUGCUCACCAUCUUGGGAUUUGUCGAUAUGUUCGCUCGGCCCGCAUCGGGACUCAUAGCGGGCAUGAAGUGGGUACGGCCCAGAACCGUCUACCUUUUCAGCUUUGCUAUGAUCUUCAACGGCUGCACUGACCUCAUAGGAUCCCAGGCAAAUAACUAUGGAGGUCUGGUGGUCUUCUGUAUCUUCUUUGGUAUCUCGUAUGGCAUGGUGGGAGCGCUACAGUUCGAGGUCCUCAUGUCUAUUGUAGGGACAGAGAAGUUCUCCAGUGCCAUAGGCCUGGUGUUGCUGAUGGAAGCCUUUGCUGUACUAGUGGGACCUCCUGGAGCAGGUCGCCUCUUGGAUGCCACCCAUCAGUACAUGUACGUCUUCCUGUUGGCAGGCUGCGAGGUCACACUGUCGGCCUUUGUCAUCGCCAUAGGCAACUUCUUUUGCAUUAGCAGGAAAAAGAAAGAUCUAGAGGCUGAGGUGGAAAUGGCGGUGACUGCUUCAGAGAAGGAGGGACUGAACUUUGGGGUGGAAGGCGAGGAAGAUCAUGUAGGUGAAGCGGAGCCUAAGGAGAAAGGAAAGGUCUUGAAAGCAACGGAAGAAGCGAUGAUAGUUAAGGAGAUGGGAGACAAUGGUGGAGAAGACGCAUUAUAAUGAAAAAAAAGACUAGUGAAACUGUACACCAAAAGGAUAUAAAAGGACUGAGGAUGAUGUGUGACAAAUAGAAAUAGGAGCCACACAAAGUGAAGGAGUGUGAACAAAGUAUGGUAAGAAAAGACGACUAUUAGUGCCUUUAUAAUGGAAAUCACAGUUUGAUGUAAUGGAUACAAGGCAGAGAGUGUUCAUAAGCAAGAACUGGGUUUGUCUGAACUGUUCAAAUGCAACAUUUUGAUCAGAGGCUGUACAUCACGUUUGAUCAGUUAAAUAGUUGCUGUAGUAGUUUAAAAUACAGCUAUCCCUUAGGCAUGAAAAUGUCUCACUUUACUUUACUGGUAACAAUUAUCAGCUUUUCAAUAACUCAAAUAAGGUGUUCUUUACUGCUGUCAACUUAGACCCACACAGCAUUUGGAACAAAGACAUUUAAUUCCAGUUUUGCUUACCUUUACCAGCACCAGUUUUACAAUCAUAUCCAGUUUUCACCAUUAAGGACUCAAGAUAUUCCUAAUGAUAAAUACGUUGAUU